AGAGAUUUUAUAUUAAGUAUAUUCUCCGAUUUUUAUUUAUUUAUGCCAAUAAUUACAAUACCAUCAAAAGUCUUUGCUGAUAGUGAAAAUUUAAGAUGUAUUUAUCUUAAAUACGAUAAAUUAAAGACUGACAACAAAGGAAGAUGCGAAGUUGAUAUAUAUAAUAUGCCACAUUACUUUAAUAAUGAUUGUAUAUACAAAUUUUUAGAUCCAAAAAUGAAGAUUAAAAUACAAAAUAAACUAGAUGAAAAAUUAAUAUCAGUGCAAUUUAAAAAUAAAAAUUCCAUGUUGAGAGCACUAAAAACUUUAUUCAAAUCUAGUUAUUCAUCUCAGAAUCCAUUAAUCAUAUUUGAAAACAAGAAUAAAGCUAUAGUUGGAUUUAAAAAAUGGUGUGAUGAUUACAAGAAUUCUGAAGUUAAAGAUUCCUGGCGAUUAAAUCAGUGCAUUAAUCAAUAUAUGUACAAAUAUGAACAACAAUCACAAAAGGAAAUAUCAGAAGCAGAGCUUAAAAGAGUUAAUGAACAAAAUACGGAAGAAGGUUGGAUAACUGUUACCUCCAAGAGCAAAAAUGCUAAGAAAUUUAAAUCAAUUAGUAGAAAGAAAGAUUUCUACCUCAAAAAAUUGAAAACCAAAAAGGACAAAAAAAAUCCACAGUUUUACAAUUUCCAGAUCAAACAAUCAAAAUUGAAUCAUUUGAUUGAAUUGAAACAAAAAUUUACAGAAGAUAAGGCGCGGAUAGCUGAAAUGAAGGCCAAAAGGAAAUUUAGGCCGUUAUAAAGAUGAAAAAAUAUUUGUUUUUUAUGAAUUUUUUUUGAUUUAUAAUAUAUAAAAAUUGUUUAUUCCUUUUCGAAAAAAACUUUAUAAAUUUGGAAAAUUCAGUUGGAAAUUCCUUAAGUCUCUCUUGAUUCUAAGUAAAGUCUUUAAUUGUUAAAUAGGAAAAAAUAACACGAAUGGUUGGAUGGGCAUAACUCGCCCAUAUUUUAAAAUUGUCAUAUAUCAACCCUAUAUUGAGCUUUGAUAAGACAUUUACUAAGUUAACUUAAAAUUAAUUAUAA